AUGGAUCAAUCAAAAACUACUGAUAAACUUAAGUGUAAGAGAGAAGCUCGAAAUCAAAAAGCAAGAGAAAGGUAUGCUGCCUUAUCAGUGGAAGAGAAAGAAAAAGUUCGACAGAAGCAACGAGAUGCUUAUAAUAAACGCAAAGCACAGAAACAUGGCAAACCUAUCCCUUCCACUGAACCUACAUCAAUGCAGAAUGUUAUUAACCAUGGAGUACUGCAAUCUGUAGCGAUUGGUACAGACAUACCACAUAGUGAACAAGUCAAAAUACGUGAAGGAAAAGAUGCCAUACAAGCAUCGAAGGAGCAUGCCACUGCAUUUUCCACCUAUGAAAAAGAUAGAGACCCAAUAUGCAAUAGAUGCUAUGAAUUUCUGCAAGCUGCUAUUGAAGAUGCAUCAGGGUAUACAACCUUAGGUUCUGAUAAUCAAAAUAUGCGUUGUCCUGUGAGCAAAAGUUGCAAAGAGAACACAGCUAAAGGUCAGCUGAAAGAAAGUAACACCAAGGACAGAAGGAGCCGUGUCACUCAGAAACCUAUGAAACCUAGAACGGAAGGCCUACAAACCUUAAGAUGUAUACCUGAUGAAGCCGAUACUCUUAGAUCUCAACCAGAUUGUCAGUACUACGGUGCAAAGAAAUUUUACUCUGAGACAACAAACUUCUGUUGUUCUGAUGGCCAAGUAGUGCUGCAUGAAAAUAAAUUACCAGAUGUACUGAUUGAAUUGUUUACUGGUAAAACUGAAGAAGCACUAUGCUUCAGAACAUAUGUUAGAACAUAUAAUAGUCUUUUUGCAUUUACUUCAUUUGGAGUACACUAUGAUAAGUCUCUGUGUAAAAGAACAAAUGGUAUAUACACAUUCAAGAUACAUGGGCAGACUUAUCAUUACAUAAAUCAACUAAUACCACAUGGAGGAUCAGGGAUGUACUUGCAAUUGUAUUUCCAUGACACAGAGCAUGAAUUACAGAAUCGAAUGGCCUUUUCAGCAAAGCUUACAGAGAGUAUAGUUCUGAAAAUUAUGGAGGUCAUGAAAUCAAACCCUUAUGCUUGUUUUUUUCGAAGCCUUCGAAAUGUACCAGACCUGGAUUCUUACCAAAUUUUGCUGAAGUCUCAUUGUGAUAUGGACCAAAGAGUUCAUAAUAAACCAACCGUAUCUCAAAUAGCUGCCUUAUGGGUAGAAGGUGACCAUGAUCAGCACUCUUACGCAAGACAUAUUCAAGUCCAUACAAAGGAUGGAAAUAGCCAUCGAGUGCAGUACUAUUAUGGGUGUUAUGACCCAUUACAAUACCCUUUAUUGUUCCCAUUUGGCGAACCUGGAUGGCAUGCAGGAAUAAGGAGGUCUGAAACAAGCAAUCCUAAGAAGAGAAAAAGGGGUUUCAAACACAAAGAGCAAACUAUCAAGCUGACAAGUUUUAAAUCAGCGGAAGAGAUGAUCGAGAAUGAGGAACAACCAAUUUUGUUUUUGUCACCAGUUCUAGCUCAGAACAAGAACCAUAAAGAACAUGUUUCUAUGAGAGAAUAUUACUCAUACAAGUUACAGAUCAGAGCAAAUAACACCCCUGGAAUUCUGAAUACUGGAAGAGAGUUGCAGCAGUAUGUAGUCGACAUGUAUGCAAAGAUAGAAACUCAAAGGCUCGAUUUUUUUAGGAUGAAGCAAAAGUUAAUUCGGACAGAACAACUGCAAGGUAUAAUGGACUCCAUUACAUCUGGACAAUCUCAAGGUGCUAGAGUUGGGAAACGAGUGAUUUUACCAGCUUCAUUUAUAGGAGGCCCCCGCGACAUGAAGAGACGAUACGUUGAUGCAAUGGCAUUAGUUCAGCACUUUGGGAAACCUGACUUGUUCAUCACCAUGACUUGCAAUCCAUCAUGGCCUGAGAUGAAACAAAACAUGCUUGAAACUGAUGAAUAUCAAAACAGGGUGGAUUUAUCAGCAAGGAUCUUCCAUGCAAAAUUAGAACUAUUAAAAGAAGAGAUGUUCAAAAAAGAGAUAUUUGGCCAGGUAGCUGCAUAUACGUAUGUUGUAGAAUUCCAAAAGCGUGGCCUACCGCAUGCCCAUUUCUUGAUAAUCUUGAAGCCUGCAUCAAAAUUUUACUCAACAGAUUCAUAUGAUCAGAUUGUUUCUGCUGAAUUGCCAGAUCCGAAUGAAAACUACCAUUUGUUCAAGAUGGUUCGAAAACACAUGAUUCACGGACCAUGUGGAGAUAAGAAACCUGACAACGUUUGCAUGCAAGGGAGAACAAUUAAAAGAUGCAAGAACAAGUAUCCAAAGGACUGGGCAGAGAAGACGACGCAUGGGGAGAAUUCAUAUCCAACAUAUAGAAGGAGAAAUAAUGGCAGAAAAGUUUUGGUUCGGGGACAUGAACUCGAUAACAGAUGGGUAGUCCCGUAUAACCCAUAUCUUCUGGCUAAAUUUAACUGCCAUAUCAAUGUUGAGAUAUGCUCAACAAUUAAGGUGGUUAAAUAUAUAUAUAAGUACAUAUAUAAAGGGCAUGACAAAAUCCAUUUUAUGGUGAACCCAGAGAAUAGUACAGCUGCCAUUGAUGAAAUUAAGGCAUAUCAAUCUGCUCAUUGGGUCUCCCCAAUAGAAGCUAUAUGGCGAAUUUUCCGCUUUGCAUUAUUUGAAAUGCAACCUUCAGUCAUUCAUCUACAGCUACAUCUGGAAAAUUACCAAUCAUUGACAUUCGAGGAUGAUGCUGAUCUUCGAGAUUUGAUGAAUAAUUCACAUGCUAAAAGAAGCAUGCUUACUGAAUUCUUCAAGAUGAAUGCGAUCGACAAAACAGCUCAGAAUUUGAAGUGCACUUAUCAGCAAUUCCCCGAAUAUUUUGUGUGGUAUCCUGGUAGUCGAACAUGGGGAAUCAGAAAACAAAGACAAGUCAUUGGCAGAAUUGUAAGUGCAAAUCCAAGUGAAGGUGAAAGAUACUUCCUAAGAGUACUAUUAUUGAACGUGAAAGGUCCAACAUCAUUCGAUGACCUUAAAACUGUUAAUGGUGUACAUGUUGACACUUUUAGAGAAGCUGCAAUACUCAGAGGCUAUCUUGAAUCAAAUAAUGCUCAAGAACAAUGCUUAGAGGAAGCUGCACUUUAUCAUAUGCCUUACAGCCUCAGACGACUGUUCUCAACUCUAUUAGUGUAUUUCCCACCUUCUGACAGCAAAAGCUUGUGGCUGAAAUUUAAAGACUCCAUGGGCGAAGAUUACAAAAGAACAACCACACUCUCAACAAGCCAAAUAGAGUUGCUUGUUCUGCAUGAAAUCAGCAAGUUUCUCAAUUCAAUGGGCAAAAACAUAAAUAUGUAUCAGUUGGUGCCCAAAUUCUUGAGGUUCGAUGACGUGGACAAAGAGAGCAGAGAUAUCUUAAGUGAGAAGAACAUUGUCAUAUCAGAUUCAGAUCUUGCUGCAAUAUCCAGAUUGAAUACAGAACAGAAAUCAGCAUUUAACAAGAUCAUUGAAGCAGUCUUCAUUAAGCAGAGUGGUUGUUUUUUCCUUGAUGGACCUGGAGGUACGGGAAAAACAUUCUUAUAUAGAGCACUGCUAGCUGAAGUGCGAUCAAAAGGAUAUACAGCAUUGGCGACAGCGUCUUGUGGAGUUGCCGCUUCAAUACUACCUGGAGGCAGAACAGCCCAUUCGCGCUUCAAAAUACCGAUUGAUCUAAAUCCAGCUAAUAUGUGCAAGGUAAGUAAACAAAGCUCACUAGCUCAGCUCCUGCGUCAAGCAAAGUUGAUUAUCUGGGAUGAAGCUCCUAUGACUCAUAAAAUUGCAAUAGAAGGGGUUGACAAACUAUUGCGUGAUUUGAUGGACUGUGAUAAAUUGUUUGGCAAUAAAGUUAUAGUUUUUGGGGGAGAUUUCAGACAAGUUCUACCCGUUGUGCACAAAGGUUCAAAUGCAGAUUCCUUUGAAGCAAGUUUGAUAAGAUCUUACAUCUGGCCCAACCUUGAAAAACUUCAGCUCAAACAGAAUAUGCGGGCUCUCUCUGAUCCUGAUUUCACAGAAUACCUUCUACGAAUCGGCAACGGAACAGAAAUGACAAUAAAUACUGACAAUGUUCGAAUUCCAGAUCCAUUAUUGAUUCAUUAUACCACUGAAGAAGAGUCAUUAAAUCGAUUGAUAACAACUGUGUUCCCAAAUUUCAGCCAGUUUGCUGAGAAGGAUGCUACUGUUAUCAACAGAGCUAUUUUGACAACAAAGAAUGAGUUCGUGGAUGAAAUCAAUGAAACACUGAUGCAACAAUUCCCUGGCAAUGCAUUAGAAUAUAUUAGUAGAGAUAAGUGCUUGGACUUCUCUCAGCAAGGAGCAAUGGAAGAUUUCAUCAACAGUUUAACACCAAAUGGUCUGCCUCCUCACCGUUUAGCAUUGAAACCAAAUUGCCCUAUCAUCUUGCUUAGAAACAUCGACCCUCCGGAAGGUUUAUGCAAUGGGACUCGACUAAUUUGCAAGUCUUUGUCAUCCAACAUAAUUCAUGCUGUUAUAAGCUCGGGUGAACAUCAAGGAAAAGAGGUGUUUCUACACAGAAUAUGUUUCAGAAUCGAAAAUGAUCCCAACAGCCCUGUUUCAUUUGAAAGACUACAAUUUCCUAUUCGGUUGUCCUUUGCUAUGACUAUCAACAAAGCUCAAGGACAAACGCUUGACUUUGUCGGCAUUUACUUACGAGAGCCAGUCUUUUCUCAUGGCCAGCUCUACGUAGCAUUGUCACGAGCUAAAAGUAGCAGCUCCAUCAAAAUUUUGAUUCGGCCCCCUCUAUUUGCAACUGACUUAGACUAUCUGACAGCAAAUAUUGUCUACUCAGAAGUCUUACAUCUUGCUUACACUUAG